AUGGCGCCCGAAACUAAAAAGGAAUCGGUGCCCAAGAAGGUCAACCUUUUGGACGACAGCGAUUCCGACGAUGAGGAUGGAGGGGCAGAUAUUGCGAUGCCGCAGUUGAAGGUCAAUGAGGAGUAUGCGAAGCGUUUUGAACACAACAAGAAGCGAGAGGAGAUACAAAGGCUCGAGGAAAAGUUCAAGAAGACUGGUAAGAAGGGUGACGACGACGAGGACGACGAUUCCUCAUCCUCCGACGAGACCGAAGACGAGGAAGGUUUCCUGGCCACUGAAGAACUCGACGCCCAAAUUUCCGCCACCCUGAGCGCCAUCAAGAACAAGGAUCCCCGUAUGCGCGACGCGAACUUCACCUUCUUCAAGGAGGGCCCUGGCGCCAAUGCCGAGCCGACCCCUUCCAAGAAGAAGGAGAAGCCCCUGUUUCUCAAGGACUACCACCGCGAGAAGAUUCUUGCAGGUGGUGUAGGUGCGUCAGACGAUGAGGAUGAUGCGCCGCCGCAGACGUACGCGCAGGAGCAAGACGCCCUCAAGAAGUCCAUCAUUUCCGAGAUCAACAAGGCAGCCGAAGAGUCGGAUGAAGAUGAGGAGGGCGACUUCGUCAAGAGGAAACCCGGCCAGAAGGUUGACCUUGGCGCCGACGGCGUCCACCCCUCCCGCACGGGCAAGGUUGCCAAGAAGACUAUCACCGAGGACGACAUUGCCAACGCAGAAAAGGACCCCGAGAUGUUCCUGUCCAACUUUAUGGCUGCGCGCGCUUGGACAGAGGGUGGCGAGCACGACUGGAAGGCCUUUGAUUCAGACGAGGGCGAGGGCGAAGGCGAGCUGGCAGACAAGUUCGAGGAGGCAUACAACCUGCGCUUCGAAGACCCGGAGAAGUCCAACCAGGCGCUGAAGACAUACUCUCGUGAGAUUAUCAACGCGCGCACCGUCCGUAAGGAGGCUGCCAGCUCGCGUAAGCGACAGCGUGAGCUCGAGAAGGAGCGCAAGGAGGCGGAGAAGCAGCAGCGCAAGGAGGAGAGGGCGCGCCUGCGCAAGCUCAAGCUCGAGGAGGCCGAGGAGAAGCUCAAGAAGAUCAAGCACGCGGCGGGCCUGAGCGGCAAGGAGCUCAGCGACGACGAGUGGCUGCGAUUCCUCAACGACGCGUGGGAGGACGACAAGUGGGAAGACGAGAUGAAGCGCCGGUUCGGCGAGGAAUACUACGCCGAGGUGGAGGGCGGGUCCGACUCGGACGAGGAGGACGAGGCGGGAGACAGCGACAAGAAGAAGAAGCGCAGGAAACCGAAGAAGCCCACGUGGGACGACGACAUCGACAUCAAGGACAUCAUCCCUGAUUUCAAGGACGACGAGGAGCGGCCGCAAAUCACGCUCUCAGACGACGAGGGCGACGCGGCGGCGGCAGCAGCAGCAGCAGAAGAAGAAGGCGGCGAUGAGGAAGAUGAGGAUGAGGACGGCCGCCCGUCCAAGAAGCGCAAGACCACAAAGGACAUCAAGAAGGAGCGCCUGGCCUCCAAGAAGGCGGCCAAGGCGGAGCGCGCCAAGCUCGAGGCCCUCGUCGACGCCAAGAUGGACCUCGACAUACCCGCCGCGUCGUCCUCCAAGACGCCCGAGAUGUUCGGCUUCCGCUACCGCGAGACGUCGCCGCAGUCAUUCGGCCUGACGGCGCGCGACAUCCUGCUGGCCCCCUCGGACUCAGCGCUGAACCAGUUCGCCGGCCUCAAGAAGCUCGCCACUUUCCGCGACGAGGAGAAGAAGCGCAAGGACAAGAAGCGCCUCGGCAAGAAGGCCCGCCUCAGGCAAUGGCGCCGCGAGCACUUUGGCGCCGAAUUCGAACGCACCGGCCCGACGUUCGACUUUGAGGACGCAACGUUCAAGGACAAGAACAAGAAGAACAACAAGAAGUCCUCUUCUUCCGAGGCCCAGGAGGAGAAUGCCGAGGACGGAGGAGCUAUGCUUGAUGGCCAGAGCAAGAAGCGCAAGAGGUCCAGGGGAAAGAAGAAGGAGAGUGCCGCGGAAGAGUAA